AUGCUGAAUCUCCUUCUCCCCGUCGUCAUCAGUCUCCCGCUCGCGAGCGCGCAGGGCUGGGAUGACUUCUCCAACAACUUGGCCACCGAUCUCGCCCCGUUCCUCUCGCUCUUCGGAGAGCAAGUCACUAAGCAAUAUCUCAGCGAGAGCACGACUUAUCUCGACUACUUUAUCUUCGCGAUGGCGCCCAUGGGGAUCCUGACUGCCCUGGUCUCGGCAAUUCGAGUCUGCGGCAGCCCCGCGCUACGCGCCUUUAUCGGUCGCGCCCAGGAAGGAUCGGGGCAUGCUGAGGCUGAGCUGUGCUCUUCGACAAGCAGAGAUGUCUGCGAGCUAUACCAUAAUGGCGGCAUCACACGCGUUUUUGGUCGUCCUAAGAUUCUCGAGGUGGUUUACGAUCCAGCCCUCAAAAACUACGGCGCCGGGAUAUACACCUUCCAUGACUACGUGGAAAAAUCAGAGAACUGGCAUUGCAAGAAGCGCCGCGAGCCAGACCACGAUGUCCUUGCACCGCAGGAAGCCUUUUCACCGAACUUGUCACUCAACAUUGGAAUCAAGAAGCGGCAUCCCGCGGUCUUCUGGAUUGUGGCUACAGCUGGCCUUGUCCUGCAGUGCGGCGUCUUGGUCUUCGCGAGUAUUGCGACAUACUACUUGAGAUGGGGAACAAAUGACAGCCCUACAGAGCCUUACGCCUGCCCACUUGUUAUUAUAGGUACACUGCUCGUGUCUGGUGGCAUGUUCAUUUGCGCCUUUCUGGUGGGCGAGAGCACCGACGAGGAAGUGUGGUACAAGAAACCUGAAGCAGAAGACGCGCCUGAUGGAGAAGUGCGGUCCAAAACAGAAAAAGAUGAGUCCUCGAUAUUCUGGCUUCAACCUGGAGGACAAACCAUUGGGGACCAAACAUUUGAUGCAUUCGCCUGCGCCGAUACCAGUGAAUUGAUGGGUGGGGUCUCGCAAUACACUAUAUCACGGAAGAGAGAUGUGCCCGAGUCCAAUAAGUAUGUUGUAUGGCUCGCAGUUGGCAUCACAGUGUCGGGUUUCGUUCUCCAGUUCACAGGGCUUCGAGCCGUCCAUGCUGCAGUUGCAGUGGCACAGCUGGGGACUGUGAUGAUCAUGAGCCUCGCUCGGGCAUUCCUUCGUAUGCAAAGGCUAGAUCCAAAAGCCAACGCUCUUGCCGGUUACCCUAAUCAACAAACCAUCCACGGCCACGAGCUCGACUGGCUUGCACUGCGCAUCGGCCAGGAACUGGCAGGGAGUAGGCCAAACACCCCAAUCCUGACCGACAAUGUGGCCCUCCAAUCGACAUCACCCGCUAUGCAUCUGGCCUGGACAUUCAAUAGCGCUCAGUAUAGAGGAACAGGAAUCACCUGGAAUCGUCAUACUGAAGGCAAUCCCGGCUUUGAAAUCAUGAGACUUCGCACGCGACUGGCGGAUCUCACUACGUCGGGGUGGGGGCUCCAGAAAGCCUCGGAACUCUUUGACGAUGAAAUGGUCAACGGACGACACGCCGCACGACAGCUGGGCUCGGCUAUGUGGUCAGCCAUUACCAUGGUUUACAAUAAGAGUGCUAAGGUCCAUGAAGCAUGGCGACAGAUUGAUGAACUAAAUUGGACCUUCCAGUGCCAAGUAUCGGGUCCUGCGCGAGAUGUGGCUCGAACUCAUAUGGCGUCGAUUCAGACCACAUCAAUUCAGCUAGAAAGUGUUCUAGGCCUAUGGACUUGGGCAUUAAACCCUGAUCCUGUUAUGCUUGGAAAACGAUACCAUAUCAUCCCCGCUCACAAGCGGACAGAACAGCGUCAAUUUCCAUGGGUAAAAGCAGUAAAUGAUUUCCGAUUGUGGCAUACGCUCGGCUCCUCCAGAUUUGUUCAUGAUUACCUUGCUCAGUGUGACAAUCUUGAGCAAGCAAACCCAAAUACGGUCUGGAAAGUGGAGGACGAUAACAGCUUAUCAGGUGGUGAUCUAUUUCCAGUACGCCCAGACGACUACAAUGCCACGAGCCCCUGGAAUUACCGGCGCCUAUGGGGCUGGUACGGAACGAAAUACCCGGGAGUAGGACCACAAACACUUCGUUUGGCGGCCAUUGAGCUAGAGGGAUCCCUUCUCUCAAGCUCUGUGCAUGAGGUGUUUGGAACAUUCGUCAGCAGUAUUCUCAAGGUUGUCCAGGACAUCGGAACUGUUGACAUUGCCCUCAAAGAAACGGAGGGCUUUUACCUGAAAAACCAUCUGGUAACAUCACUUGCCGAGACAUUUACGGACAAUCAAUUGGGGUCCGAGAAUGAUGCCUUCCUUUGCAUUCUCACUGCGUUGUUACCACGGAUGAAGGGCUCUCCUCCAAAAUGUGCGGUAGACGCAGCAAUCAAAAACGUGGCCCGCCAUAAACGGCGGGGUCAACUGGAGGAGGCUGAAUCCGUCUUGAAAUGGGCCUUGGAAAAGUCGUGUUGGAGCGAAAAACUGAUCGAUAAACCAGUAGCUGCUCUGGCUGAGCUAUACCGACACGCCUUGCGCGAGCCAGAGACGAGACAGUUUGGGCUGGACGGCAUCGAGUGGCUUCACGGGGAGGCUGGCAGCCUAUAUGGGUCAACAAAAGACAUGAUUAUAGCAUAUACCGAAGUUGCGCACAGAUACAUUCCUCGGCCACGCAUCCACGACCGCGGUAAGCUCCUCGCUGCGAUCGAGGCCAAGGACCUGGUGACUGCUCUGGUCGAGCUGACGCAUUUGGAACUAGUACGGGGGGAGGCUGAGCAGACAAUCGAAGCACUGCUUCAAGCCGCUGGUCAUGGCUGGCCUGAUAUUGUCUCAGGACUCCUGGAAUUAUCGCCUGACUUGGAGAGACAGCAUGCUGAUAAAUGGCAUCGAACGUCGUUGCCCAACGCUAUACAAAGCAAAAGUGCCGCAACAGUCAAUGUACUACUCCAGUGUGGUGUUGUUCCAGACGCCAUGGACAUAGCGCUUGCGUCUAGAACUGAGAAUAUACAUGUGCUGGAGACUUUAUUGGGUGUCACAAACACCUGCAUCGACUAUAACCCGCUUCUGUUGGCAGUUCAUGCCAACUGCGUCGCCAUUGCAGAGCGCCUCCUUGACGAAGGCGCAGACAUAAACGCGCGAGACUCUACCGAGUCAACCCCAUUGCACAUAGCAGCUGCUGCAGGGUAUGUGAAAAUGGUCAAGAUGCUGCUUCAUAAAGGCGCCGAAGUUGAUUUGGUGAACAUGGACCAUUCCACACCCCUCCACUGUGCAGGAUUGAAAUCCCAGAUGGCAGAAUGGGCCUACAAUGUAUCAAAAAAGGGGAAAGACAUCUACCAGAAUGCUCAAGAAAAAGCACCGCCUGACGACGACGCACCCACAGCACCAGGGACUUCAGGCGAAGAAAAGAGUGCAGCAAUUGCAAGAAUCCUGAUUGAUCACGGUGCACGCACAGACUCAAUCAAUCGCUAUGGCCAUACACCAUUGCAGUCAGCAGCUGAUAAUAGCAACGAACCUUUGGCAGAAAUACUCCUGGAUAAGGGCGCUGAUGUGAAUAUGGUGACCGAGCCCGAUGGCACGGCACUACAUGUUGCGGUUAAUCGAAAUUAUUCCGGGAUGGUCAGGUUACUACUUGAUCAAGGUGCAGAUUUGCAAGUAGUGGACUCGAGAGGUGACACGCCGCUGUCCCUAGCAAGUAAAGGUCACGAUUAUAUCUGUGAUAUGAUCAAGGAUAAAGAAGCCGAGUUACAGUCAAGCGCCCAUUAG